AUGCUCGCUGGAUUCCGCUCUCUCCGCGCUACCUCCUCGCGCGCCGGCCACCUGCGCUCGACGUACGUCGUCUCCCGGUCGUUCUCAGCCGUCGCGCCGGGUGACGACCGGCCGCUCGCUGGCAUCAAAGUAGUCGACCUCACCCGUGUGCUCGCUGGCCCGACCGCGACUAUGAUGCUUUCUGACCUUGGCGCCGACGUGAUCAAGGUCGAGUCUCCAAACGGUGAUGACACCCGCAUCUGGGCGCCACCCGAGGCCAAGCUCAUUGACGGGGCCCCCCGCCCGGACCUGCCGGCUGAGUCGGCGUACUUCAUGUGUGCGAACCGGAACAAGCGCUCCGUGAUUCUCAACUUGAAGAACAAGGAGGCGAUGAAGGUCAUGUAUAAGCUCAUCCAGGACGCCGACGUGUUCGUGGAGAACUACGUCCCUGGCAAGCUUGAGAAGUUCGGGUUGGGAUGGGAGAAACUCAAGGAGAUCAACCCCCGCUUGAUCUACUGCUCUGUUACUGGCUACGGCUCAACUGGGCCCUACGCGUCGUCGCCCGGCUACGACGUCGUCAUUGAGGCCGAGGCGGGUCUCAUGCACAUCACCGGCGAGAAGGAGGGUCCUCCCGUCAAGGUCGGCGUGGCUGUCACCGACAUCCUCACGGGCCACUACGCGACCUCUGGUAUCCUCGCGGCGCUCCUCAAGCGCGGCAAGACGGGCAAGGGCACGCGCGUUGAGGCCUCGCUGUUCGAGUCGCAGAUUGCCACGCUCGCCAAUAUCGGCUCCAACUAUCUCGUUGCUGGGCAGGAAGCGACGCGCUGGGGCACGUCUCACCCCUCGGUUGUUCCGUACCAGGUCUUCCCGACCAAGGACGGCUACAUGAUGAUCGCGGGCGGCAACGACAACCAGUUCAAGACUCUCUGCGGGCCAAACAUCUUCAACAAGCCCGAGUGGCUUGAGGACGAGCGCUUCGCGACCAACGCCGCGCGUGUCGUGAACCGCAAGGUUCUUGUUGAUGGCAUCAUCGAGGUGCUCAGCCACAAGAGCACCGAUGAGUGGACCCAGGUGAUCACGGGCAAGGGUAUCCCCUUCGCACCCAUCAACAACAUUGCGCAGACCUUCAGCCACCCUCAGGCGAUCGCCCGCAAGGUCGUCGAGGAGAUCGACCACCCCCGGGCGGGCAAGGUCAAGAUUGCGGCUGCAGCUGUGUCGUACGACGGUGAGAAGCCCAAGAUGUACCGCCCGCCUCCUUACCUCGGCCAGCACACCAUCGAGGUGCUCGAGGGGAUUGGCUACAGCGCGGCGGAGAUCGACGAGCUCAAGAGUGGGGGAGCAACAGCGUAG